AUGGUUUCGAACGGCAUUUCUAACGGUACCAAUGGUACCAACGGCGCUACUACUAACGGUACCAAUGGCGUCAAUGGGCAUGCUGCUCUAUCACCCCUGGAGGUCCUAGUCCAAGAUCUCAACAAGAACACCACCACGUUGAACGGAUACCUCCGCGCCAACAAACUUCCCGAGCCUAGCUUCGAGCGGGAUGCACCCAUCAUCAACUUAUCUCCUGAUGCGCCUGAAGAAGCCCAGGUUGCGAAGGAGAAGAUCCUUGAUAGUGCACUGCAAAUCUUCCAGCUUGUCUCUGGCCCUGGCGAGUACUUGCAAAAUGUCAUCACAGGUUAUCAUUACAUGGAGAUCCUCCGAUGGAUGAGCCACUUCAAGAUCUUCGAGCUCGUUCCUUUGGAGGGCAAGAUCUCAUACACAGAGCUGGCCUCAAAGGCUGGUGUAGCUGAGCUACGACUCAAGACCCUCGCCCGCAUGGGCAUGACAAACCAUCUCUUUGCCGAGCCUGAGCCCGGCUUCAUCGCUCACUCAGCUACCUCAGCCGCUUUAGUGACCAACAACAGAUUCUCCGAUCAGAGAGUCUGGAUGACAAGCAUCAUUGCCCCAGUCAUUGCAUCGAUGGUCACUGCGCAUGAGAGAUGGCCUGACAGCACUGCUCCUAACAAGGCAGCUUUCAAUGCUGCGUUCAAUACUGAUCUUCGCAUGUAUGAGUACAUUGCUAAGCAGCCUGAUGUUUACAAGCUCUUUGGUCGCGUCAUGGAUGCGAUUGCGACUAGUCCCAAGAGUGACUUGAAGCAUCUCGUUAGUGGCUUUGACUGGGCCGGACUUGGCAAGGCCAAUGUUGUCGAUAUUGGAGGCAAUAUUGGCCACAGCUGUGUAAAGCUCGCCGAAGCCUUUCCCGAUCUCACCUUUAUCAUCCAAGACAUCCCCCACGUCGUCGAAGAAGGCGCCAAAGUCAUCAAGGAGAACAACGAAGCCAGCAUCGCCAGCCGCAUCCAAUUCCAAGAAUACGACUUCUUCCAGAAACAACCAGUCGUCGGGGCUGAUAUCUACCUCUUGCGCCAAAUCUUUCACAACUGGGACUUUGAGAACUCCGUCAAGAUCCUCAAGAACACUGUUGAGUCGAUGGGCCAGAACUCUCACGUGUUGAUCAUGGACUUUGUGGUGCCUGAGCCUGGCACCGUUUCGUCUGUGAAUGAGCGUGUGCUGCGAUCUCGGGAUGUGGGUAUGAUGCAGCUGUUUAAUUCGCUUGAGAGAGAUCUUGAGGGAUGGAAAGCGAUUUUGGAGGCGGUGGACUCGAGGCUUAAGAUUAAUGCUGUCAAUACGCCUUAUGGCAGCUUCAUGUCUGUUAUUGAUGUUGUUCUAGGGUAGGGAAUUAAUAGAUUUAGUUACACGCUUUAGUUAUUUGAUCAAGAUUAGAAAUACGAUAAAUUUGAUCUAACUCUUAUCCC